AGAGUUCAUUGUGCGAAGGGACAAGGACAUGCAGCCAGUCAGAAUAGGUUAGAAACAAGAUCGCAAGUUGCGCAUGAAGGCCUUGUGCAAGCAUGUAUCCCAUACACGGUGAAAAUGUGUAUUGUAGGUAUGAACGCGGCGGUGGUGUUGCUGGUCCUCCUGCUGUCGGUUCCUCUCCAGCUCCUCCUCUCCUCCUCCCUCUCCUCCUCACCCUCCGUGGAGCAGGGGGACAACAGUGGAGACGUCACGGGACCAAGGGCCGAGGCAGUUGAACAGCUGAUGGACACAGCUGAGUCCUUAUUUGACACCGUCCACUCGACCAUAAUGUACUACUCCACGUGGAACCACCUCAAGGAGCUGGUCCUGGUUCCGUACCGCAAAACACCGCGAACCAACCUCAAGAGCACCGUCUUCAAGUCAAAGGCCGGAACGACCACCAUCCUCAUUUCCAGCAUGGACGAUACGAAGACAAAGAAGAAAAGAUCGACCUCUGCAUCUGCCACGGCUGGUAGCACUAGUGCUUCUAAGACAAGCAGCAGUACCAGAAGCAGUGUUUCCACUCAAGCAGGUAAGAUGGGUUCAAACUCGGGGACUCAGAGAGAAGCCAUAGUGAAGCAACAAUUUCACAAGUCGAAAAGCGGUUCACAACAGAAUUCGCCAAAUACGGAAACAGAAAAGGUUCAAACUGGAUCGAAAAUGAAGACUAGUACGAAAACGGAAGAGAGUGACAGUAAAUCGCAGGUGAUCGAAGAGGUGUCUCGUGCUAAGGAGGUGGAUGAAUACCUGAUGAAUGAGGUAUACUUUGGACAGUCGAAGAAACCGAGAGAUCUGAGUGUGAAGUUCUCUGUGGGUCGGAUUGUUCGGCACAAGACUGCAAAUUACGAGGGAGUCGUUAUUGGCUGGGACGAGGUGGCCAAGGCUCCAGACAAGUGGAUCAGGCAUUACUAUGGAAACAGGAAGGGGGUUGAGCUAACGACUCACUACCUUGUUCUAGUAGACUCUAAGUACAUUGCCUCGGGGACCCCCUAUUACUACGUUCCCCAAGAAGAUCUCGAAUUUGGCGCCCUACAACAGCUACGUUGUCCGGAGGUGUCGGAAUUUUUCGAGCGGUUCCAGAACGGUCGCUACGUUCCAAAACCAUGGCUAAGAGACCGCUACCCAAUGGACUGAAUAUUCAACACAACAACUGGAAUAUGCACACAGCAUUUCAGGGCUCAGAGUCAGACUCAAAAAAAAAAUGGUUUUUUUCAAUUUGUAUAUAUGCAAACUCAGCUGCAUCAACAUGAAUGAAUCGAUCAUAAGUUAUGAUGGUUGCAGAAUAAAAUUGGAGGCACUGUGGGUAUUAUUAUUACAACAGAUUGGCAUUGGACGUAUCUACAAAUUGUAGAAGUCGAAAUAUUGACGGUUAUGAGUCAGGUGUUGGGCAAGGGCAGACAAAAAUGAGGUGAUUCAAUUCUCAGAGUAUUUGAAAAUCUCAGUGAUAUAAGUAUUUGCCUGGUGAACGAAGGUGGAUGGGUUGUGUGUUACAAGUGACCUAGACCUAGAGUGUACGGGUGGAGGAGCAGUUCUUCAACUGUCGGCCUCUUUUUAGGGCUCCUUGUCAGGCAUUUCUUCAUAAUGUCAAGAGCAGCAGGGAGUCCGACAUCUGGGAAGGAUAUCUCGAGUCUGGGAUCAGUGAUUGCCUGGAUCCUCUGUAGCUUCUUGAGACGCUCGAAGGGGGUGUGGCCGUAUAUCAUCUGGUACAGAAUGCAGCCCAGAGACCACACAUCACUUGGUUUCCCCACCUAUAAUACAUACAUACAUACAUAAUAUGAGAGAAUUUGGUUUAUAAUAUAGCACAAGGCUAUUAGUGAAUAUUAAACUGCAUGUAUAGAAUAUACCUUUGUGCACAAAAUAAUGCAACCAAAAAUUAACGAGUGAAAGUUUGUUGCCGCAUA